GACUGCUCCCUGCACAUCAGCGACGUGAGAGCCAGAGACAGGGACCGCUACGUCUUCCGCUUUGUGAAGGGAAACUUUAAAUACAGCUACCGGGUGACCCAGCCGCUGGUGGAUGUGACAGAGCUGACGGAGCAGCCGGUGCUGGGGGUCCCCGAGGUGCUGCUGUCCGGACAGCUGGUGAAUGUGACCUGCCAGGCUCCGGGGACCUGCUCAGGGACCCCUCCCCAAAUCACCUGGACAGGGGGGUUCGACUACACAGCCAGGAACGUCUCGGUCACCCUGGCGAACGGCAGCGUCUCCUACAGCUCCGUGCUCAGCUUCACGCCGGCCCCAGGGGAUGACGGCAAAGAGCUCGUCUGCACCGUCACGUACCCCGCCGUGGUCGGGGUCUUCACCCGCAGAGCCGUCCGGCUCCACGUCGGCUGUGGGCUCUGCCAGGAGCCCGUCUAUCGGAUCCAGGUCCCGUCCCGCAUCACGGCCCAGCAGGGUCUCUGCGUCCUGCUCCCCUGUCAUUUCACAGCCAAUUUCGCGUCCUCCGGGGUCCCCUACAAAUACUGGUUUCUCAAGGGCGACGACAGAGACACCAGCCCGGCUGUGGCCACCACGGACCCUGGCAGGGCCCUGCGGGAGCCUGGGGGCCGGAUCCGCCUGGUGGGGGACGCCAUGGACGACUGCUCCCUGCACAUCAGCGACGUGAGAGCCGGAGACGAGGACCGCUACUUCUUCCGCUUUGUGAAGGGAGAUUUUAAAUACAGCUACCUGGUGACCCAGCCGCUGGUGGAUGUGACAGAGCUGACGGAGCAGCCGGUGCUGCGGGUCCCCGAGGUGCUGCUGUCCGGACAGCUGGUGAAUGUGACCUGCCAGGCUCCAGGGACCUGCUCAGGGACCCCUCCCCAAAUCACCUGGACAGGGGGGUUCGACUACACAGCCAGGAACGUCUUGGUCACCCUGGUGAAUGGCAGCGUCUCCUACAGCUCCGUGCUCAGCUUCACGCCGGCCCCAGGGGAUGACGGCAAAGAGCUCGUCUGCACCGUCACGUACCCCGCCGUGGUCGGGGUCUUCACCCGCAGAGCCGUCCGGCUCCACGUCGGCUGUGGGCUCUCCCAGGAGCCCGUCUAUCGGAUCCAGGUCCCGUCCCGCGUCACGGCCCAGCAGGGUCUCUGCGUCCUGCUCCCCUGUAAUUUCACAGCCAAUUUCGAGUCCUCCGGGGUCCCCUACAAAUACUGGUUUCUCAGCGACGACGACAGGGACACCAGCCCGGCUGUGGCCACCACAGAUCCUGGCAGGGCCCUGAGGGAGCCUGGGGGCCGGAUCCGCCUGGUAGGGGACGCCCCGGACGACUGCUCCCUGCACAUCAGCGACGUGAGAGCCGGAGACAGGGACCGCUACGUCUUCCACUUUGUGAAGGGAGACUUUAAAUACAGCUACGUGGUGACCCAGCCACUGGUGGAUGUGACAGAGCUGACGGAGCAGCCGGUGCUGGGGGUCCCCGAGGUGCUGCUGUCCGGACAGCUGGUGGAUGUGACCUGCCAGGCUCCGGGGACCUGCUCAGGGACCCCUCCCCAAAUCACCUGGACAGGGGGGUUCGACUACACAGCCAGGAACGUCUCGGUCGCCCUGGCGAACGGCAGCGUCUCCUACAGCUCCGUGCUCAGCUUCACGCCGGCCCCGGGGGAUGACGGCAAAGAGCUCGUCUGCACCGUCACGUACCCCGCCGUGGUCGGGGUCUUCACCCGCAGAGCCGUCCGGCUCCACGUCGGCUGUGGGCUCUGCCAGGAGCCCGUCUAUCGGAUCCAGGUCCCGUCCCGCGUCACGGCGCAGCAGGGUCUCUGCGUCCUGCUCCCCUGUAAUUUCACAGCCAAUUUCGAGUCCUCCGGGGUCCCCUACAAAUACUGGUUCAAGGACGAUGACGGAGACACCAGCCCGGCCGUGGCCACCACGGACCCUGACAGGGCCCUGCGGGAGCCUGGGGGCCGGAUCCGCCUGGUGGGGGACGCCCCGGACGACUGCUCCCUGCACAUCAGCGACCUGAGAGCCGUAGACAGGGACCGCUACUUCUUCCACUUUGUGAAAGGAGACUUUAAAUACAGCUACGUGGUGACCCAGCCGCUGGUGGAUGUGACAGAGCUGACGGAGCAGCCGGUGCUGGGGGUUCCCGAGGUGCUGCUGUCCGGACAGCUGGUGAAUGUGACCUGCCAGGCUCCGGGGACCUGCUCAGGGACCCCUCCCCAAAUCACCUGGACAGGGGGGUUCGACUACACAGCCAGGAACGUCUCGGUCGCCCUGGCGAACGGCAGCGUCUCCUACAGCUCCGUGCUCAGCUUCACGCCGGCCCCGGGGGAUGACGGCAAAGAGCUCGUCUGCACCGUCACGUACCCCGCCAUGGUCGGGGUCUUCACCCGCAGAGCCGUCCGGCUCCACGUCGGCUCCGGCUUCCCCCUGAUACUCGUGGUGGCCUUGGUGGCUGGUGGGAGCCUCGUGCUGGUUGGUGCCGGGGCUGCAGUGGCCUGGAGAGUCAGGAAGGGAAGACAGGGCAGCAGGGAUAUCACCAGGGCCGGACGGUGCCAAGGGACCAGAGACGGGCAGGUCAGUUACUCCUCCGGGCAGCCAGAGUCCACGGCGCCUUCCCACAGACAGCUCUGCUUCCGAAUGCCUGUGUGA